AUGAAGACCACCAGCACCGCUCUUCUCGCGACUGGCCUCCUGGCCCAGUACGCUGCCGCUCACUCCAUCUUCCAACAGUCGGGCAGCGCCGGGGUCGACUUCGACACAAAAUGCACCCGCAUGCCGCCCAACAACUCGCCAGUCACGAGCGUGACGAGCGCUGACAUCGUUUGCAACGUUGGCGGCACCUCUGGCAUCUCCGAGGUCUGCGAAGUGAACGCUGGCGAUGACUUCACCGUCGAGAUGCACGCGCAGAUGAACGACCGGUCCUGCAGCAACGAGGCCAUCGGCGGGAACCACUUCGGCCCCGUCAUGGUGUACAUGAGCAAGGUGGACGACGCCACCUCGGCCAACGGCGGCGGUGACUGGUUCAAGGUCGACGAGUACGGCUACGACGCCAGCGCCAAGACCUGGGGCACCGACCUCCUCAACUCGAACUGCGGCAAGCGCACCUUCAAGCUCCCCAGCAAGAUCCCCGCCGGCGACUACCUCGUCCGCGCCGAGGCGAUCGCCCUCCACGCUGCCGGCCAGAGCGGCGGUGCGCAGUUCUACAUGAGCUGCUACCAAAUCAAGGUCGCUGGUGGCGACGGUGGCCAGCUCCCGGCGGGUGUCAAGUUCCCUGGUGCGUACAGCGCCUCGGACCCCGGCAUCCUCAUCGACAUCUACAGCGGCGACCUGAGCAACUACAAGAUCCCCGGCCCGGCCGUCAUCGACUCGAGCUACUUCUAG